GUUUCUCGCUAGCCUUGGUUCUCACGCGCCAUGGCGGCCCCCGUCCAGCAGCCUCCUCGGUCUAGUGGUGGAAAGCGCAAAGGGAAAGCUCAGUGUGUGCAGGCCAAGAGGGCGCGGCGCUGCGACGGCGGUGGGCCACCACAGCUGGAACCCGGGCUACCGGGCCUACUCAUUACCUGCAACAUGAACCAGCGCAAGUGCGUUGAGGAGGCCUACAGUCUGCUCAACGAAUACGGCUACAACGUGUACGGGCCAGAAAAGUACAAAGAUCAGCAGCCCUCUGGAAGUGAGGCAGAAGAUGAUGAUGUGGAGGCUGCCUUGAAGAAAGAAGUUGGUGACAUUAAAGCAUCUACGGAGAUGAAGCUAAGAAGAUUCCAAUCAGUGGAAAGUGGAGCAAAUAACGUAGUCUUCAUCAGGACACUUGGGAUAGAACCUGAGAAAUUGGUACAUCAUAUUCUUCAGGAUAUGUAUAAAACCAAGAAGAAGAAGACUCGGGUUAUUCUACGAAUGUUACCUAUUUCGGGCACAUGCAAGGCUUUCUUAGAAGACAUGAAAAAAUAUGCAGAAACAUUUUUGGAACCCUGGUUUAAAGCUCCAAACAAAGGGACAUUUCAGAUUGUAUAUAAAUCUCGAAAUAACAUCCACAUGAAUAGAGAAGAAGUUAUCAAAGAAUUGGCAGGAAUAGUAGGCAGCCUCAAUUCGGAAAAUAAAAUGGAUCUUACCAAUCCACAGUACACAGUGGUAGUAGAAAUCAUUAAAGCUGUCUGUUCUGCUAAACUUGUGGAAUUUGUUAUACAGCAGUGGAAAACUAACACAGUUCCAUAUGGAUUCAUGGAUUAA